GGCUCUUCCCGGCGGGAGUCGGCUCUUCUCGGUCGCUACAAAGAAUCGGCUCUUAGAGUCGGCUCGUUCGGUAUCGAUACAUCAAUAGCAGACUGCAGCAUGGCGGAGACUCUGAUCUGUAAUAAGACUCAGUGCAGGGUUAGCUCAGUGCUAAACAGAGAUGUGAAGCAGUUUGGGAAGAAGCUGAUGUUUGAUAGCAGUGAGGAGAGCUGCUGGAGCUCUGACCAGGGGGAGUGUCAGUGGGUUCUCCUGGAGUUUCCUGUUCCUGUCAGAGCAUCUGAGCUAAAACUGCAGUUCCAGGGAGGAUUUUCAGGCAAAACGUGCAAGUUAGAAGGUUGUAUUAAAGAUGGGAAUCUGGAGCACAUUAUGGACUUCUAUCCAGAAGAUGACAACUCUUCCCAGAGUUUUCCCAUUCAAAAUGCCCCACUGGUGCAGAAGCUUAAAAUAGUAUUUGAAAACAGUACAGACUUUUUUGGAAGAAUAAUAGUUUACUGUUUGGACGUCCUCGGAGAACGAGCUUCGUGAUGUUUGGAAAAGAGAACAAUUGAGAACCAGAACACAAAAAAAACAGCAAACGCACAACAUCUCUGUGGAGGACGAAUUACCAGAAUCAUCCUGACUUGACCUUCAGACUUUUUUUUGUAUUAAUUGUAUGCAUUAGUGUAUUUUUCUGCUCAUCAAUAAAUCAUUUUUAAACAUAAA